GUUAAAGGUUAUCGGUCAGAGGUCAAGGCAGAAGGAGGUGUUGGGGUCAUGACCCUGGCAGUGCAGUGCUCACUGAGCCAGGAUGGCCGCUUCAACUGCUCCGCGCCGUCGCUGGGCCCCGAGGAGAGCCGGGCGCUGGCUUUUCUCUGCUUCUCUCUCGCCGCCCUCACGGUCAUGGGCAACCUCCUCGUGGUGGCCUCCAUCGCCUUAUUCAGACUCUUGCCCUCCCGUCUGUCUACCGGCAGACAACUUCAGACCCGCACCAACGCCUUCACGCUGUCUCUGGCCGUGGCCGACCUUCUAGUCGGACUCCUGGUCAUGCCGUUCAGCGCCAUGCGCUCGCUGUACGGCUGCUGGUUCUUCGGGCGAACCUUCUGCAAGGUGCACACGUGCCUCGACGUCCUCUUGAGCACGGCCUCCAUCGCACACCUGGGCGCCAUCGCCUUCGACCGCCACACGGCCAUCUGCGACCCCCUCCGCUACCACCAGCGCCUCACAGCCGGUCGCGCGGCCACCCUGGUGGCAAUCUGCUGGGUGGGUUCGGCCCUGCUGGCCGUGGGCCCCAUCCUGCUCGGGUGGAACACGGUGGGCAUCGAGGAACUGGUGGCCUCAUCCUGCCCAGACGCCUGUGUCCUCUUAAUGAAUGCCCCCUUCGCCAUAGCCGGCUCCACCUGCAGCUUCUUCGUUCCGAGCUUCGUCAUGGUGGUCACGUAUAUGCGCAUCUACCGGGUGGCACUGCGCCAGGCGCGGGCUGUUCGCAACCUCAUCUCAGUGUCGUCCGUGGCAUGGGAACAUUGCGACAUCAACUCAAGACCGGAAAAGAGAACGGACCAGAGACGGGAUCGAAGUGCCACCAAAACCUUGGGAAUAAUCAUGGUGGCCUUUGUCACCUGCUGGUUGCCCUACUUCUCACUCACCCUGCUCAACCCAUUCACGGGGUUCUUGGCUGAACCCUGGGUAUGGGAGUCGACUGCGUGGCUCGCGUAUAUGAAUUCAGCGCUCAAUCCCAUCCUCUACCCAGCUUUCAACCGGGCCUUCCGUCAGGCCUUCCGCCUGGUGUUCACAUGUGCAUGGCGUUCGCGGAACGUGAGGCGCGCCAACCUAGCCUAGUGAAGGAUGGGGCGCGCUUCACCAUAACUUCCUUCUAUGCAAUAUUGACAUCUGACCGUCUGUCAAGAUAUUACUCUAACAAUGUGACCACUGCCACGUCCGUUCGGUUCAAGUAUAGAUUAUUCUUUUGGUGAACAGACAAUGCGUCGCGUUUAUAAAAAUUUGGUAUUGGACCGAUCUCACCACCACCUUCCGCUUCGUCGCCGACCUCUGGGUGCCACCCCUUUGUUUUGGUAACUCUGUCGUCUUUAGCAGAGACCACUGUGAUAGCUGCAAUGGGUAGCUACUCAGGUCGCAAGCCCUCGACGUUUCUAGCCCCUCCCGCUUCGACCAUUUCACCCCCACAGUCUGGGGUAUGAAGCAGAUAGUCAAGUAGGACCUGGUUGUUAAGGCAGGGAGUGGGGAGAAGUAAGGAGAGAGUGUUCUAGAAAAGGGGCGGUGCUUGGGUUUGGUGGCAGCACCUUGCCCGGAAAUCACGUGCUGCUCCCCGGGCUGGAAGAACCUGCACCUGGAAAAAUUGUUUAAGUUAAAAUACUCACCAAGUGAGGUUGUUCCGUCUAGAUAGCUGGAAAAGAUAGUGAGGGGGCUGAUACUCACCACCAAGAAGAAGGCUGAGCGUUUAGCCGAGCCUCCCAGGAUACCAUUGACGGUGCUGUGGCAAGGCCUGUUUCCCACGUGGUUGCCUGGGCGCCCUCCCUGCGAGACGUCUCCUCAAGGACGGCUGCCCCUGGGCUAUCGGCCCUGCACCGCUCAACGCAGUCCACACUCAGUGUGCAUGGGAAGCAUAACAGUUUUGGAAUUUUAAGUUCUACAUUAUUUCGUGGAAUUUCAGCCGAAGCAUCUAAAUAGGGAUUUUUUUAUUGGCCACAGUGAUGUCUGAGUGAUUUCUUUUUUUUAUAGACGUGGUAUUUAGCGUGUUAUUGUUUAACAACUAUUAACUAGAGACCUAGAGCCAGAGACAAAGAGAGUGAAGCAGAGACACACAGAGAGACACAGAGUGAGACAGUAACACAGACACAAAGUGAGAGAGAUAGAGAUAAACGUAAGGACAGAAACAUGGAGGCAGAGUGAGUCACAAUGAGACACACAGGACCACACCGAGAGACACAAGGUGACAACAAUCCGGAGAACAGAGAUACAGGUGAGCCUGAGAAUUACAAAGUCGAACUCAACCUGCCUAAUGAAAGUGAUCCCGAGCCAAUGCGACAAAGAACUGGAGGCUUAUCAGUCUAACUUUUCUUACCUUGUGUAACCGGUGUGGUUGUGUUACUAAAUAGAUGGUGCAUAUAUUUGCAGUACAAGGUCAUUAGUGGUUAUUAAACCUUGUUAAUGUUUCUGGGUCACGGUUGGCUUAGGAUAGGCCACGCCCUUCGUCAACCUCUCAGAAUAGGAAGGCACGUGACUCAGUUGCCAGAGUCACGUGACCACUGGAAGAGGUGAGCUGGCAUAGAUUUUGCUUAACUAUUCAAAUUUAAUUUGUUGCCAUCCUUAAUAAUAAAAUAACCAUUAACACAUUUAUGAUUUAUAAAAUACAUCUGAUAUAGGUGAACUUGCAAAUGUAGCUAAUGGUUGAAUUUCUAUUCGUAUUUUAACAAAUCAAAUAUGUAAGAUUAAUGCUAUGAGAUGUCUUCCCUAAGGAUUUUGAAGAGAGGGAGAUCUGUAUCGGGGGGACAAUCGUGACGCCAGCACGUCAACAUUACAGGUUUGAUUCAUAGGUACACUUAUUUGUUAAUAGUUUGAUAAGUGUGAUAGUGUGCAAAUAUAAUAGUAUCAAAUAGUUAUUGAUAUAAUUUGCAGUGUUAAUAUUGUUAAAUGUUGGGCCGCAAUUAUUUAGGUCUAUUGACUUAGUUGGAGCCUGACUCUUGCUUUGAGUUAUACUUAGUUACGUGUAGCACAAUGGAUUGUGCUAAGUCCUCCACCCCCAUUUUAGAAUGUGUGCGAGACAAUACAGUGAAACCCCUAGGUCUGGGCGGGGGGAGUUCAUUUUGCUCAAGAGGCAUCACAACUAGAGGAUUUUGAGACCGGUCCUGGCCAAGACAAAGGCAGGGUGGGGGGGGGGGGGCACCCUCUAUAAAGGCAGCCCAGGUGAACACCACUGGGUGCGGCAGGAGGAGCAGAAGCAGUGUGGGCACGAUCAACACAAGCAGCAGUACCACCAUUGCCAGCGCGAGCAGAAGCAGCAGUACCAGCCGUGACAGCACUGGUACGAGCAGCAGCAGCGGAACCCGGCAGCAGCAGCACUGCCAGCGCCAGCACCGGCAGCGCAGGUGCGAUCAGCAGGAGCAGAACUGCCAGCGGCAGUGGCGCUGGCAGCGCCAGCACAGGCGGAAGCACCAAAAGAAGCGUGUGCCCCUGUGUGUGCAGAGCCUGUAAUUGUCUGCGCUAAUAAACACGGUUUUGAAGUCGCCGCAACAAAGUGCUCCCUCUCUACCGUGCAGGGAGCGAAGAAAUAAAUAAAUCUGUAGCCACCAGUCUGAAACCGAACUCAACAUUCUGGAAGUGCAACAUAUGUAUUGCUUAAUUGAUAAAUAAUUAAAUAUUGACUUAAAGCUUUCGUGACUGCAGGAAUUCAUAUUCUUUGCGUCUUUCGGUAAAGUCACGUAGAUAGGUUCAAAGAAAAUAACAAAACAAUUACAAAAAGCUGUGGUGUUACUCUACCGUGUGGGUGGACGUGGCGGUGCGAGAAGGGGGAAGACCGACACCUCUGGCUCAGCCAUUAUUAACUACACAUCUUGUGCUGUGUGUGCUGCCGAUAGUGUCGUGGAGAUAGACGCCCGCCCCCCGUCCCCGCUGGGCGGGCGGG